GCUGCCCCGCAGAUGUAUCGUCGGUUCGUCACGGAAUACGCGCGAGCAACGCUGCAGUCUGUCAAAAGUCGCGUUGCAGUGCACUCGUGCACUCACGGAAUGUUUGUACCUGAUGUGUUUAUCUUCCUGAUAACAGAGUAACGGAAGAGGCACAAAGAUGCGGAUCGUGUUCGUGAAAUUCCGUGAGAUCACGCAGAAAUAUCCGAUCGUUCGUGGUAUGAUAUCCUACGCGGCUAUAUGGCCAGCUGGUUCUCUGCUGCAGCAAAAAAUCACAGGCAAGAAGGAGCUUAAUUAUGCGGAGGCAUUACGAUUUAGUUUGUACGGUAGUCUUUAUGUAGCGCCCACGUUGUACUGUUGGCUCAGAUGCGCGUCUUUUCUUUGGCCAAAAAGCAAUUUGAAGUCUGCAAUCACCAAGGCUCUGAUUGAACAAGUCACGUAUAGUCCCGUAGCUAUGUGUUCCUUCUUUUUUGGCAUGAACCUUCUUGAAUUAAAGCCAGUUUCGGAAUGCAUCGAGGAGGUCAAAAUUAAGUUCUGGCCGACAUACAAGGUUGCCAUUUGUAUAUGGCCAAUUCUACAGACCGUCAACUUCGUCUUGAUUCCAGAGAGGAAUCGUGUUAUAUACGUCAGCGUUUGCAGUUUAGUUUGGACGACUUUCCUUGCGUAUAUGAAGACACUACAAGCCAAACGAGAACAAAAAAAACUGUUAGAGGCCAAUGACGUCAACUCUAUGAUUAUAUCAGAAUGCAAAGUACAAACCAGUGAGAGAAGCAUGCAGGUGCCUCUUCUACGAUAAAAAUUGUAGGGAAAAUUUUAAAUACUCUUAGAUUAAUUUAUACUUAUUAUUUAUACAUAGUUUAGGAAUGAAAAUUAUAUUUGUAUUUUAUUACAUAAAUAAUUCGUGGUAUCCAUGAUACAUAAGAAUACAAAUUUUAUAUUUAGAUAGGUAUAAUGAAUAUUAGCAGUUAAGGCAAAGUAUAAACAAAAUGUAUAAACACAAUAUAUAAACAAAAAUUGAAAAUACUUUUAGAGAUAUGUGUCUAAAUAAAAUUCGAUCAUAGUUGACAA